UCCACAAACAUGGCUACCUCUGCUGCACUUGUUUUUGCAGGGAAGUCUGUGGCAACGCCGGCCAUAUCCUUCUUGAUCAACAAGGCGUUCAGCUACAUCAACAAACACUUCAAAUAUGAAGAAAUGGAUGAGGUGAAGAAUCGGCUCUUGUGGGCCAUGCCACAGAUCAAGGCAGUGUUCGAUAUCGUCAGCCCAGAACGUGUUCAGGAGCAAAGCAGUGCCCUGGAUGCGUGGCUCUGGCAGCUCAGGGAUGCGGUCGAGGCGGCGGAGGACGCCGUUGAUGAGCUUGAAUAUUACGAGCUAGAAGAGAAGGCCAAGGAGCGAAAGGUUAGUGAUUGGGGUUCUCCUUUUGGUAAGAUGAAGUACAAGUUUUUCAGAUCUGUUAAGGGUGUCCCUGUUCUCAACAAAACUCUCAAGAAAAUUACUCACCGGGACACUCUGAAGAGACUGAUGAAAUCUGUGGAUGGUUUAGAUAAGGCUGCUGCAGGUGUUGUCAGAUUCCUCAACCUCGCAGGCCAUCUCAGUGGAGUUUGUACCAGCAGCCAGCGGCAAGUGCAGAAGUUUGUUGACAAUGACCGCCAGACUGGUUCUAUAUUAAGCGCAACCAUUUUUGUUGGACGAGAAAAGGAGAAAGAACAGAUUCUUGGAUGGCUGGCUAACACAUCAGUUGAAUUAGCUGAAACUGGGGUGACGAGGACCAAUAGUAUUCCUAUUAUUUCAGUGGUUGGUCAUGGUGGCAUGGGAAAGACUACUUUGGCUCAGAGCAUAUGUGAGCAAGAUCAGGCGUAAAACCAAGCGCUGAUCAUUUGGAACCACUACAGCGAGAUCUCAUAGAGAAACUAAAGUCUAUCA